AUGGGCGAGCCUCUUACCUUCAAGGGAUCCCUUGCCGGCCACGCCGGCUGGGUCACCGCCAUUGCCACCUCGUCGGAGAACCCGGACAUGAUCCUCACCGCUUCGCGUGACAAGACCAUCAUCGUCUGGCAGCUUUCGCGCGAGGAGGGCUCGUUCGGCUUCCCCAAGAAGAUCCUCCACGGCCACAACCACUUCGUCUCGGACGUCGUGAUCUCGUCGGACGGCCAGUUCGCCCUCUCGUCGUCGUGGGACAAGACCCUCCGUCUCUGGGACCUCAACACCGGCCUUACCACCCGCAAGUUCGUCGGCCACACCGGUGACGUCCUCUCGGUCUCGUUCUCGGCCGACAACCGCCAGAUCGUCUCGGCUUCGCGUGACCGCACCAUCAAGCUCUGGAACACCCUCGGCGAGUGCAAGUUCAACAUUGUUGACGAUGGCCACUCCGACUGGGUCUCGUGCGUCCGCUUCUCGCCCAACCCCGUGAUCCCCGUCAUUGUCUCGGCUGGUUGGGACAAGGCCGUCAAGGUUUGGGAGCUUUCCAAGUGCAAGCUUAAGACCAACCACUUCGGCCACACCGGUUACAUCAACACCCUCGCCGUCUCGCCCGACGGAUCGCUCGCCGCUUCCGGUGGCAAGGACGGCAUCACCAUGCUCUGGGACCUCAACGAGGGCAAGCACCUCUACUCGCUUGAGGCCGGUGACAUUGUCAACGCCCUUGUCUUCUCGCCCAACCGCUACUGGCUCUGCGCUGCCACCGCCUCGUCGAUCAAGAUCUUCGACCUCGAGUCCAAGUCGAUCGUCGACGACCUCAAGCCCGACUUCAACGAGCUCUCCGAGAACGCCCGCAAGCCCGAGUGCACCUCGCUCGCCUGGUCGGCCGACGGCCAGACCCUCUUCGCCGGCUUCUCGGACAACCUCGUCCGCGUCUGGUCGGUCACCGUUUAA